AUGACCACUCUCCAGCCACGACCGCCGUACAGCGAGGACGAGCUGAAGCACCUCUAUCCCUCCACCCUCGAAUUGCAGCAAGUCCAGAUCAUCCUUCGCCACGGAGAGCGGACGCCCGUCUCCGCUCGCUUCAAGAAUGCUGGCCUGCACGGCACAUGGCCUUACUGCAGUGCAGCACACCAGCUCAAGGCAGCGAUUCUUGCUGCUGAUGGCUCGUGGGACUCGCUUGCAUGGAAGAGGCGACUGGAGACGUUCGCUUCGAACGACACGCCCAAGUUGGCUACGGGACCUCAUAGCGAGGUGGACGGAGUUUGCCUGCCCGGCGAGCUCACUGACAGAGGUCGCGAGACCACUCUGGCUCUCGGCCAGCGCAUGCGCACGCUCUACGUCAACCAGCUAGCAUUCCUGCCCAAAUGCUUGGACGAGCAGUCGGCCGCGCAAGUCAGCCUCAGAGCUACCCUGAUCCAACGUGCGUUGGAGAGCGUGCAGCAAGCCUUUACCGGCUUGUAUCCAUCUGCCUCGCGAUCACCGGGCAUGCUGCCGCCUGCUAUCGUGCAGAGGUCAAUGCAAGAUGAGACUCUCUUCCCAAACGAAGGAGGCUGUGCAAGAUUCGCAGAACUGUCACAUCAGUUCGCAGACCGCGCCGCGAAGCUGUGGAACGACUCUCCGGAGAUGAAGUAUAUCAACAAGAAGGUCGGGAAAUGGAUGCCCAAGGACAGUCCUGUCGCCAAAGUUGACUCACAUCCAAGGUUAUCUGGACUCAUGGAUACCAUCAAUGCCACUCUUGCCCAUGGUCAGGCUACCCGACUGCCAUCAGAAUUCUACGACGAGACUGUGCGUGCCAACAUUGACAGAAUUUGCGUGGAAGAAUGGUUCGCCGGCUAUCAAGAGACCAACGAGUACCGCAAGCUUGGCAUUGGUGCCCUUCUAGCUGAUCUGACCCUACGAAUGGUCGAGCACACUAUUGGCCAUCCCAACGAAGGGCAAGAUAGGCCGCUGAAGAUGGGCCUUUCUGGCUGCCACGACACCACAAUCGCAGCCACCUUGGCAGCCCUAGGCGCUUUCCAUCAUGAGAAAGAUAAGUGGCCGAAUUUCACUUCGUCAAUUGCUUUCGAACUCUUCAAGUCUAAAGACGCCGCCUCACCUGCUGGUGCAGUGUGGCCCAGCAAAGAGAAGUCAUGGUGGUACUCGCUCAUGUCUCCACCAAAAGUUCCAGCAGACGUCGCUGCCCGUGAACCGCUGGCAAGCAUGCCACAAUCCACGAGACAGAAACUCGACGGACACUUUGUCCGUCUACGCUACAAUGACAAGCCUGUGAAUUUGCCCUUCUGUAAAUCUCCCGGCCGACAUUUAGAGGGCGACGAGAGCUUUUGCACUCUUGCUGCGUUCAAGGAGGCCGCGGACAUGAUUACACCCAUGGAUUGGAAAGCAGAGUGCAAGAGCAAUCUGGGUACAUCUGCUUUCCCUGACAAGUUGCAGCCUCCGCCGGGGAUUUCUGCGCAGUGAGGCUCGUGAGAUGGAGGCACGAAAAGGUAUGGUCAUGGGUAUAGAUAGACAUUACUGGGCUAUAGAAGAUUUCACUCAUAGAUGAAUGGAUGAGCACACACACACACACAC